AUGUUCAGGGUUUUCGCCCUGGCCAAGGGUAUGCGCGGAAAGAGCAAGAACUGUUUCAAGGUUGCUAUUGGUCAAGUGCAAGAGGCUUUAGAGCAUCAGUACGUCCACCGCAAGCUGAUUAAGCGCGACACGCGGUCCUUGUGGAUACAGAGGAUAAACGCGGCGUCGAGAGAGCACGGGAUGAAGUAUGCAGAAUUCAUCCAUGGCAUGAAACUCGCCAACGUCCUCUCUGACCUCGCAAUCACGGAGCCUGCUGCCUUCCGGCUGGUGGCGGAGACCGCAAAGCAAUCGCUCAUAGAGAAGUAUGCCGCUGCGAGGGAGCAGGUGAUGCGAGAGCGCGAGGCCCAGAAGGAACAAAAGAAGUAA